AUGGGCGGUAGAGCACUGGGCGGGAGAAUACUGGGCAGGAGAGGAAUGCGCGGGGGAGGCCUGGGCAGCAGAGGACUAGUCAGGAGAGAACUGUGCAGCAGAGGACUGGGCAGCAGAGGACUAGUGAGGAGAGGACCUUGCAGGAGAACACUGUGCAGCAGAGGUCAGGAGAGGACUAGGCGAGAGAGGUCUGGGCAGCAGAGGACUGGGGAGGAGAGGACUGGGCGGCAGAGAACUUGGCAGGUGAGGACUGGUCAGGAGAGGACUGGGCAGCAGAGGACUGGGCAGAAGAGGACUGUUCAGCAGAGGACUGGGAGGCAGAGGACUAGUCAGGAGAGGAAUGGGCAGAAGAGGACUGGGCAGGGAGGGCUGCGCAGGAGAGGGCUGGUCAGGAGAGGACUGGGCAGGAGAGGGAUGGGCAGGAGAGGAAUGGGCAGCAGAGGACUGGGCAGCAGAAGACUGGGCAGCAGAGGGCUGGGCUGGAGACGACUGGGCAGAAUAGGUCGGGUGGAGAGGCCAGGGCAGGAGAUGACUGGGCAGGACAGGACUGGGCAGAAGGGGACUAUGCAGGAUGGGGCUGGGCAAAUGAGGGCUGGGCAGAAUAGGGCUGGGCAGGAGAGGACUGGGAAAAAGAGGACAGGGCAGGAGAGGACUGGGCAGGAGAGGGCUGGGCAGGAGAGGACUGGGCAAGAGAGGACUGGGCAGGAGAGGACUGGGCAGGAGGGGACUGGGCAGCAGAGGACUGGGCAGCAGAGGAUUGGGCAGGAGAGGGCUGGGCAGGAGAGGACUGGGCAAGAGAGGACUGGGCAGGAGAGGACUGACUGGGCAGGAGAGGACUGGGCAGGAGAGGACUUGGCAGGAGAGGAAUGGGCAGGAGAGGACUGGGUAGAAGAGGACUGGGCAGGAGAGAUCUGGGCAGGAGAAGGCUGGGCAGGAGAGGACUGGGCAGGAAAGGACUGGGCAGCAGAGUACUGGGCAGGAGAGGACUGGGCAGCAGAGGAUUGGGCAGGAGAGUACUGGGCAGGAGAGGACCGGGCAGCAGAGGACUGGGCAGGAGAGGACUGGGCAGGAGGGGACUGGGCAGCAGAGGACUGGACAGGAGACGACUGGGCAGGAGAGGACUGGGCAGCAGAGGUCUGGGGAGCAGAGGACUGGGCAGGAGAGGACUUGGCAGGAGAGGACUGGCCAGCAGAGGACUGGACAGGAGAGGACUGGACAGGAGAGGAUUGGGCUGGAGAGGACUGGGCAGAAGAGGACUGGGCAGCAGAGGACUGGGCAGGAGAGGACUGGGCAGGAGAGGACUGGGCAGGAGAUGACUGGGCAGCAGAGGAUUGGGCAGGAGAGGACUGGGCAGGAGAGGACCGGGCAGCAGAGGAUUGGGCAGGAGAGGACUUGGCAGGAGAGGACUGGGCAGCAGGGGACUGGGCAGGAGAGGACUGGGCAGGAGAGGACUGGGCAGCAGAGGACUGGGGAGCAGAGGACUGGGCAGCAGAGGACUUGGCAGGAGAGGACUGGGCUGCAGAGGACUGGACAGGAGAGGACUGGACAGGAGAGGAUUGGGCAGGAGAGGACUGGGCAGGAGAGGACUGCGCAGCAGAGGAUUGGGCAGGAGAGGACUGGGCAGGAGAGGACUGGGCAGGAGAGGACUGGGCAGCAGAGGAUUGGGCAGGAGAGGACUGGGCAGGAGAGGACCGGGCAGCAGAGGAUUGGGCAGGAGAGGACUUGGCAGGAGAGGACUGGGCAGCAGAGGACUGGGCAGCAGAGGACUGGGCAGGAGAGGACUGGGCAGCAGAGGACUGGGGAGCAGAGGACUGGGCAGGAGAGGACUUGGCAGGAGAGGACUGGGCAGCGGAGGACUGGACAGGACUGGGCAGGAGAGGACUGGGCAGCAGAGGACUGGGCAGGAGAGGACUGGGCAGGAGAGGACUGGGCAGCAGAGGACUGGGGAGCAGAGGACUGGGCACGAGCGGACUGGGCAGCAGAGGACUGGGCAGCAGAGGACUGGACAGGAGAGGACUGGGGAGCAGAGGACUGGGCAGGAGAGGACUGGGCAGCAGAGUACUGGGCAGGAGAGAACUGGGCAGCAGAGGACUGGACAGGAGAGGACUGGGCAGGAAAGGACUGCUCAAGAGAGGAUUGCUCAGAAAAGGACUGGGCAGGAGAGGACUGAGCAUUAGAGGGCUGGACAGGAGAGGGCUGGGCAGGAGAGUGCUGGGCAGGAGAGGACUUGGCAGCAGAGGACUGGGCAGCAAUGGACUGAACAGGAGAGGUCUGGGCAGGAGAGGACUGGGCACGAGAGGUCUGGGCAGGAGAGGGCAGGAGAGGACUGGGGAGGGCUGUGCAGGAGAGCGAUGGGCAGGAGAGGGAUAG